CAAAUGGUUCAUCAUUCCCAUCACAGGGGGGUUGAUGUUACCGUCUGACAAACUCAAACUCCACAAGGGCAAGGCGGCCUGGGGGAGGGUCUGCCGAGUCUGAUCCUUCCUCUUUCCCUCAAUCUCCAAUCUCAAAAACUCCAACACCAUUGUCGAUGUACCCAUCCGCACGUUUCUCGGCCUCUUGACGUCGCGUCGGACGCCCUCCCGCCAUGUCUUCUCCUGAGCGACGGCGGAUGCCAACCCUCCUCGCCUUCCUCGGCCUAUGUUGUGCCUUGGCGGUAGCGGUUCUGGAAGUGCCUGCGCGCAACACCUAUCUCGUUCGAGAGAAGUCGGCCGCGACGGUGCUGGGCGACUAUGUCUACGUUGACGGGGGCGAGCUCUCACAAUGGUCGGUAAAUAGGGUCCGCGAAAGUAUCGCGGCCGAAUUCACCCUCUCCAUUGACAUUAGCCGGUCGUGGACCACCAGCGGUGUCACAUUCCGGGCAAUCGAAAAGUCCGGACCGAAAAAGUCGGCCGUAACCCUGUGGACGGACAGUCAGGCCGGGGAGUUUUACUCGUGGGGCGGCGGGUUUCCAGCGAGCGUCUUGGAGAACAUGACAGAACCCGAGCUCUGGAAAUUCAAGGCCGAUGGCGAGGGCGGGGGGGAAUGGUCGAUUGUGAAGGCUGCGAACCAGGGGGCUUUCGAAGCGAUCCAUUCGGCCGCGCUAACUGCGUCCACAAACACGGAUAGUACGGCCUUCGUAAUCGGCGGGGAUAUCCAAAGGUGGUCGGAGCCAGGCCGGAACAAUACAUCUACUGUUGUGGGGGGGAUGGUGACUUUCAAUAUGGCGUCUCGCGUGUGGACGAACGAGACGGAGAACAGCCCGUUUCCGACCCUGGUAGGGGCAAACGCUCACUAUCUCCCGUCAAUCGGGGUCGACGGCCUGAUCAUCAUACUUGGCGGACUCGUCCCUUCGUUAGUGGGCCGUUGGGACAGCGACGACGACGCGCGGAUUCUCGACUUUUACAACAUCACAAUGUUCAAUCCUACGACAAAGAAGACUUACUGGCAGCUGACGAGCGGUGACAUUCCACCUUCGCCACGGACGCAAGCCUGCACGGCCAUCAUCGAGACCGCCGAUGGCGGCUACGACAUCUUCCUCACCGGUGGAAUCAACCGGCGCGACCUGUUCACCUACCAGGACGCAUACGUCUUGAGCCUGCCGGGAUUUGUAUGGAGAAAAGCACCGAAUACUCCGUACAGCGCGCGGGCGGAUGCCGCCUGCGUGCAGGUGGGCGGCCGGCAGGUGCUGAGCCUUUUCGGCAAAGACCUCUGGAAGCUCACCGAUGACCCGGCACCCAACGGGCUGCUCUUGUUUGACAUGACGGACAUGCAAUGGACGGACUCGUACAAUGCGGAUGCGGGGGCGUACGAGAGGCCCAGCGCCCUCGAGACUUGGUAUAACAACGGGUCGUUCGCAGAUGUCAACUGGUCUUCGGAAGAAGUGCGGCGAAUGUUUGCGCGCAGGUCUACCACAUCACCUACGUCAAGCCAAGAUCCAGGGUCCUCGCCUACCGGUACUGGCAGCCCCGACCGCGACCCCGAUCCGACAGGCGAGCCAGAGCCCGCAGCUACUCCGGUUGGCGCCAUCGUGGGAGGGGUUGUGGGCGGUAUCGGGGGACUGGCAAUGAUCGCAGUGGCGGUAUGGAUAUUCCUCCGGCGUCGCAAGCAGGCCACGUUGGUCGGCUCGGACCAGGACAACAGCACGGAUGGGGCCGGCGAGAUCAAGUAUCCGGGGGUUCCGGAGGUUGACGCCCCCCACGGUCACACGGAAGUUACGUCGACGCGUCCCCCGGUCGAGAUGGACCCUCGAGGCUUGCCCGCGCGUCCCCCGGCCGAGAUGGACCCUCGAGGCUUGCCCGCCGAGAUGAAUCAGAAUUCGGGCGGUUAUUAUGGGAUGGAUCCGCGGACAGAUUUCUAUCAUGAGAUGGAUCCCCAGGCGCAACUGUACGAGAUGGACCCCCAGAACCGGGCGCAUGAGAUGGAUGCUUCACGGUACGGAAGGGGAUGGUGAUACCCAGCUCGCGCCUAAGGUGCGGGCCCAUGCAUGUGCGUGGAAAGACAGACAGAAAUAUAAUAUAGUAGGUAUGUAGUAUGGAGAUAGUAUAUAGUAUCCAGUACAUACUCCGGGCAGCGCCUGAUGCUUGCGUCAG